AUGAACAACAACACCACAACAACCAAGAUCAUCCCGCCCAGGGGAGACCAACACACCCACACCAUCAUAUUCCUGCACGGCCGCGACAGCAACGCCGACGAGUUUGCCAACGAGCUGUUUGAAAGCGAAGUCUCACCCCCAGCAGCUCAAGGCGACAACAACACCACCACCCCAUCAUCACCACCACCGCCCACCGCCCUCAUCCCCAUCAGAAACGCCCUCCCCGCCGGCAUCCGGUGGGUCUUUCCCCAGGCACCGAGCCUUCCGUCGGCCCGGUUCGGCGGCGUCGAGCUGACGCAGUGGUUCGACAUGCACUCGACCCAGGACCCGCACCAACUCUGCGGGGAGCAGCAGCAGCUGGUCGGCCUGCGCGAGAGCGUCCGCCGGGUUAGGGACUGCGUCGAGGCGGAGGAGAGGUUGGUCCCGAGGGAGAGGGUGUUUCUGUGCGGCAUCAGCCAGGGCCUGGCGGUCGUCCUCGCGGCGCUGCUGGCCGAUGGGAGGGGUGGGUUCGCCGGGUUGGUGGGACUGUGCGGUUGGAUGCCGCUCAGGUCUUUGGUGAUGGGGGAGGGGGAGGAGAGUUUGAGUGUGGGUGGUGGUGGUGGUGGGCUUGCGGAAGUGUGUGUGCGGAUGGCUGCUGAGUUGUUUGCUGAUGGACAGGCCGGUGACGCGGUGGAUUUGGCUGCGCUCCGUGCUGUGCCGAUACACCUGCAGCAUAACCGGGACGAUGGAGUCGUGCCUGUGAUGCACGGGGUUAAACUGGUCACCGCGUUGCGUGAAUAUUUGGGGUUUGAUGUUGAGUGGAAGGAGUAUCCUGAUGGUGGCCAUUGGUUACAGGAGCCAGAUGGAGCGGACGCAUUUUAG